UCAGAUCUAGAUGCAUGCCAUCCGCUGGCCUCGUGUCCUUUUGUGGCUGCGGGAUAUAUAGUACGGCGCAAACAUUGCUUUGAGUGGAAUGGGCUUAAGCCUCAGUCAACAUCGAUGUCUUCCUCAACGCAGAACCUCAUCCCACAACUUCACCUUGGGAACACAUUUGGGGCACUGUUUAUUGGGGUCAUCUUCGCAGCAAUUCUCUUUGGUCUAAGUAACAUUCAAGCUUUCGUCUACUUUCAGUCGCACAAGGGCACCAAGGUAUUGUUCCCUAAGUUAGCCGUCGUCUCGCUUUGGAUAUUCGACGCUCUGCACCUGUUCUUGAUAGUCCACUGCGUCUAUUACUAUUUGGUGGUCUACUACGCAGACAUCAGUAUACUCACAGAAAUGGUGUGGAGCUUCAAACUUCAAAUAGUCAUCGAUGUUGUAAUCGUCUACGGGGUACAUCUUCUGUAUUUUCAUCGCAUAUGUAUAUUCGCCAAGGGUCGAUCAAGAGUCCUCCCUAUAGCAGUGGGCGUAAUCGUAAUUUCGGGUUCAGGUGUUGGCAUUGCCCUUAUUUGGGCCCUAUACCAGUGUCAUAUGUUCUCGGAUCUGAUUAAAAUCGAGUGGGCGAUAUUUAUGGCUUUGGGCACGAUUGCUUUCGUCGAUUUCGUGAUAGCAUCAUCGCUAUGCUAUCUCCUCGCUAUUUCCCGUACUGGAUUUUCUAACACCGAUUCUAUGAUAACAAUGCUCAUGGCUUACAUUAUCAACACGGGCUGUCUGACAAGCGUGUGUUCACUGUCAGUCAUAAUUACAUACGCAGUGAUGCCAUACAACUUCAUUUUCAUCGGCAUUGAUUUUUUAGUGGCUAAACUAUACGUCAACUCGUUCCUCGCACUUCUGAACGCGCGAUACUUCUCAGAGCCCGCUACAGAAACUGACCGUUCUGCAGAAGUCCAUGUGCGCCACAACAUCUACCGCCCACUGGCAGAAGUGAACGUCAUGGCGUCCCAAGACGAGGAAUCCUAGGAAUCUCCGGAAAGCAUUUUAGACAUCCCGGCGGUGAUGUUAUGAUACAUCUUACUCGAUCUACCAUGAUCAGUAGCCGCAUUAUUGGCGAUGAAUGAGUGCUGAUCAUCACACUUCAGCCACAUCGGCUCAUUGAAGUGACGGUAAAAAUGAAUUCCUUCU